UGAUCCCAUAACCAACGUCGUACGUUUUGGGCGUUUCCGAAAGUUCCCCGGAUGAAGUUGUGAUUGACUGUACACGGCUAAAAAGUUGAGCUCUAGUCGAGAGGUGGUUCUGCAGCCUGUGUGUUCUUAGGAAGGCAGAAUGCAGACCAUGAAGUGUGUAGUGGUGGGGGACGGUGCUGUGGGUAAAACAUGCCUCCUCAUCUCCUACACCACCAAUGCUUUCCCAGAGGAGUACAUCCCCACUGUGUUCGACAACUACAGCGCCCAGAUGACGGUAGAUGGUCGCAGCAUCAGCCUCAACCUGUGGGACACAGCCGGACAAGAGGAGUACGACCGCCUCCGCACUCUGUCCUACCCCCAAUCCAACGUCUUCGUCAUCUGUUUCUCCAUCGGGAGUCCAUCCUCCCACGCCAACGUCCGCCACAAGUGGCACCCGGAGGUGUCUCACCACUGCCCCAGCGUGCCCAUCCUCCUAGUGGGGACCAAGAGGGACCUGAGGAGUGAUGGGGAGACGGUGAAGAAGCUGAAGGAGCAGGGUUUAGCUCCCACCACACAGCAACAGGGGAACAGCAUGGCUAAGCAGAUAGGAGCGGUGAAGUACAUGGAGUGCUCUGCUCUGACGCAGGAAGGGGUCAGGGAAGUGUUCAGCGAGGCAGUACGGGCCGUGUUGUAUCCCGUUACCAAAAAGAAUGCCAAGAAGUGUGUACUGUUGUAAUGAAAUGGGUUGGUGACUGGGACUAAGGGAUGCACACGGAUGGAGAGAGUGAGGAGAAAAGACUGGAGAGAGACUAUGACGGGGAGCAAGUUUGAGUUUGUUGGAGGAGAUGGACUCAGGCCCCUCUGCCUGUAAAGACUCUUGAUUCAGCUCACUUCUCUCCUUCCUCCAGUUCCCUCAAAAUCAAAUCAGGACCUCAAAGCCAGUUCCACUGCAUCUAUUUUGUUCCUUCUUCUUACUCUCUAAUCAGGGAAAAGCUUUAGACCUGGGACACCAGGUGGGAGCAAUUCAUAAUCAGGCAGAACUGAAAACCAGUUGUAGUCUGGACCUCGUAGGGUCAGAGUUGAAAACCCUGGCUCUAUUAUUUUCCUCUCCUGCAGAGUUUAAUCCACUUCUCAUUGUAUCACCAAAGUGACUAUGCCAACAGAGCUGCAGGGGAGAAUAUAGUCUUUCUCUCCCCAGUCUGCUCAAACUCCUAAUAAUAUUAUCUAUUGAUAUCACUUGAUUUGUAGCAAUGUUUGAAAAGAUGCUUCUGCCUUCGCUAAUAUAAUCGGUCUAUUUUGUUUUGUGUAAUCCCUUCUUUUUAAGAUGUUCCAUAAUGACAGAUCCCCGACCUGAUAGAGCUGGAGAGACGAGCUUUAGUAUAAAGGUAUCCACUCCCUCCAUCACAGCCUAUCCAGUCAGCUAUUCAGGAUACCCAUCGAGUACCUUUGAAACCACACCUGGAAAUAGCCUAUAGGUUUUGGGCAUCUUGUUUUGUGCAGCUCUCUGCUUUAGCUAGGUGUCCAGUUUGCCUUCUUAAUUUACCUCCAAAUGACCCUAAACCUUCUUAAUUUACCUCCAAAUGACCCUAAACCUUCUUAAUUUACCUCCAAAUGACCCUAAACCUUCUUAAUUUACCUCCAAAUGACCCUAAACCUUCUUAAUUUACCUUCAAAUGACCCUAAACUUUCUUAAUUUACCUCCAAAUGACCCUAAACCUUCUUAAUUUACCUCCAAAUGACCCUAAACCUAUUUAAUUUACCUUCAAAUGGACAUUAGCCUAAUCCAAUUAUGAUGCAAGGGCCAAAUCAACUGGGUUGUGGGCAGACAUUUUAAAAUCCAUGAAUGGAAUGAUUGUAUGAAUGAAUGUUGUGAGUUUUUAUGAUUAAUGCUGACAAGAAUGAUGGAGCGACAGAGAUAUCAGAUUGUUGCUUCCGGUUAUUUAUGCAAAUGACAUUUUAUGUGCCUUUUAUUGUAUGAUAUUUGAUUUUUAAAUGUUAUCUACUUAAAAAACAAAUCUAGAUGUAUAUGCAUUAGAUCCCAAAAUGAUUGUAUUAGAAAUAUGUUGUGUGUGUGUGUACUAGUCUCUGGGAGUAACUCAACAUUACAUCCUCUCAGAAGAACCUAACCUUCUUUCAGAAGGUGCCAUGAAACAAACCUUUUGAUUUGACACGAUGUUUCCUCCCUUUGGGGCCGACUCGGAAACGGAUGUAGAGCUGACAUCAGAGAGGUGUUGUGGUGUGAACUUGCCUUCAGCGUUUUGCCACUAGAAUGUGAUUUAUGCUACAGCCUAUACGAUGCUGGUAAAUGAGCGGUGGGGUGAUAACUGACAACGGCAGCAGGAAGUAGGGCUCAGAUUCCAACAACUGUACAUUAUUUAGGCUUGUCUUUUUAUUUCUGCAUCUUUUUAUUAAAUGAAUGAACCAUG